GUUCAAAAAGCUGUGCGAAUAUCCAGACGAUGAAAUCUUCUCACAGGCUAUCUGCAUUUCUUCUUCCAUAGCCUUCUUACCAUGGCGAUCACUAACGAGGCAACUUCAGCUAACUUCACAAUCCCUACAGUGGACAUAUCCCCCUAUUUGGAUGAUAACCAUUCCAUGGAGGCAGACCAAGUGAUCGAGCAAAUUCGCGCUGCGUGUGCCACUAGUGGCUUCUUUCAAAUCACUGGUCAUGGCAUACCUGAUUCCUUGCAGGCUGAUAUCUUCGCAGCUGCAAAGGCAGUCUUUGCACUGCCCGACGAGGACAAACGUAAAUUAGCCGGCGUGCCUGGGAGAGGAUACGAAAUAAUUGGUUCUCAAAUCCUCGAACCAGGUAAGAAGCCUGAUCUCAAGGAGGGAUUCAUGAUAGGGCGAGAGAUUCCUGACAAUAAGCCCCCAUAUCGACCAUUUCAGCAAGCAAAUAUAUGGCCUGAGACGAGUCAGAUCCCUGAAGCCCAGUUCAAGAAGCCUCUUCUCGAAUAUCAGCAAGCACUGUCGACCUUGUCUGUCCAGCUGAUGCACAUAUUGGCCAGAGGGUUGAGAGGUUUUGACACAACGGUCUUCGCGGAAUACUGCAAAGACCCCAUUGCCAACGUCAGAUUGUUGCACUAUCCACCGCAUCCGCAGACGGAUGAUCCAAAUCUAGUUGGCGCUGGAGCACACACAGAUUUCGGUGCCAUCACGCUUCUGCUUCAGGACGGGCAUUCCGGUCUCCAAGUAUUGAACCACCACACAAAUCAAUUCGUCGACGUGCCACCUCAGGCACAUGCAUACGUGGUGAAUAUUGGUGACAUGCUGGAGACUUGGACCGGUGGGCAAUACAAGUCUAACAUACACCGAGUUAUAAAUACGAGCGGUACGGAUAGGUACAGUGUACCGUUCUUUUAUGAUGGCGCUCCAGACUGUGUGAUCAAGCCGCUGGAUGGGUCCAAGGGGGAGGAAUUCACCGUCGAGGAGCACAUGCUCUCAAGAUACCAGGCAACCUAUGGGUGAGAGAGCGGAAUUGGUACUUACCCAAGCUAUUCGCACUAGCACCACAAAUGCGCAGAUCUCAGCAUGUGCUCGCAAAUGUGGUAAAAGCUGCUUAGGGGAAGUUGUCCCGUGCUACGGACAACUCAGAGACCUGAGUAAAUACCGUCCUUCACGCAUGUGGACGGGCCCGCAGUCUGGUGUUUCAUCUCGCAUCAUGGAGAUUAUGUGAACAGUGAAAUUGUUGGUUCCUUCUUGCCCCUCGGAAGGCCUAAGUGAGACAGUGAGGAUGGUGAAGCAAGGAAAGACCUUGAUAGAUUGGUAGACUACCAGCAGCAUUGCUGCAUUGAUCGUU